GAUGGCGGUGAGUGAGGAUCUCCGUGGGUUGUGUGUUCUCCAGGCUUACGUUAGAGGUUAUUUGGUGAGAAAAAGCUUCCAGCGUUUGCGCCAAGACUAUGAAAAUAUUGUAAAAGAAAUCGAAGGAGGUGUGGACUUGUUGGAGUGGGACGGCAAGGAGUUACCGAGGCCUAAAUUUAAGGAGCAGAAUGCAAAGAGAAAAGGCGUGAACCAUGUAAUUGAAAGGCAACCAUGUGAAACAUCUUGUCCUGAAGCAAAAAAAGAUGGAAUUUGUGGAAUAUUUGAGGCUGAUGAACCAGAAAAAGAUGAUUGUGAAAUCAGAGCAUCCUCAAUCACAGGAAAUUUUCCUGCAGUGGCUGAGCACCUGGAUGUUCCUGGCAUUUUGACUGGAGGUCCUGUGAUAUGGGAACAGGCAUCCAAUAAAAUUGAAGCAUCCUCUGCAAGUGGUGAUGAGAAGAAGGACUCUGAUACUACAAUGAACUUUACUGAUGUAACCUCAGUUUGGAACAGUACAGUACUGGAGGAUUCACCCGCUGUUCUCAGUACAGAACAUUUGUGUAAGUGGCAAAGGAAAGAAAUGCCAACAACACUCGAAGGGAUACAGAAGUACAGAAGCAGCCUCGCAAUGGAACUCUUGUGGCUGCAACAGGCCAUUGCUAGUCGUAAAAAUUAUUUGAUACUGAAGCAACAAUUGAGAACUCCAGAAUGAAAAUGUGGUUUCAGAAUUGGCAGCACUACAUGAAUCACCAAGAAGCUGAUCCACAAGUCAUGGAGAUGUUCUUCAUUGGAAGAUGCAAGAAGAAUUAUAUCACAGAUGAAAUCUGUGUGUGGUAAAUGCAGUGAAAUGGAACCUGAUGGAAACUCUUCACAGAGAACAUGAGGUUAAAAGAAUGCUAACAGUUAACUUAAUGCAUUCCUUGGAGCAAUACUGCAGUUUGUAUGUUCCAGUAUAAGGCUGUGUCAAACUUCUGUUAAGCUUAUAGCUCUGUUUUGUUUAUUUCAGAAAAUAAUAAUCCUUUCAUAUUUAAUAUAUCAAUUUAUUUACUUAUGACUGGCAUCCUGGCCAGUGGAACGUGCAACUAUUGCUAAUCUUGGAAUCCAGCCAAGAUGCUGCUAAUCAGAUCCAUUUUUCACCAGUUUGUCAGGAUAUGCUUUAACUAUUUGACUGUGCUGGGAUAAAGAAAUACAUGUUGAUCAAUUGAGUUAUCUUUUUGUAUUAUUGCACUUAAGUCUCCACAUUGUCAAGAAAUAAACAGAGCCUGAGCUUUUCUGGGACCUUUCCAUCACAAUGACCAUCAAUCGAAAUAUGAACUUCUGUGAUGUAAUAUGUUUAUUCUUUUUAAAAUACUGUCUGAUGAUUUCUUAUGCAUUCUGCUGAAAAUUUGUAACAUUAUGGAAUUAUUUCUUCAUUUAUGGAAUUGUGCACUUACCAUGUAAGCUGAAAGUUCAUCAAAUUUAAUGCAAAUAUGUACUGAUUUCAAGUUCUCAUUUCUCUCCAAAUGGGUUAUUUUUAAAAAAUGCCAAAGU